CGCCGAACGGUCGCUCCGUGCCGAAAUCAGCCAAGAAUAAUGUCAGUGUCAGUUUAGCAAUCUAGACGAAGCCAUAGGCGCAGUGGAAACUAACGAAUACGCUUUUCCAAUAACUUUAUUUGCAUUGAUUACCAAGACACAAGCAUAAGCACGAAACCCGACUGACAUACAUGUGACAAUCAGAAUUGCCCACUGGACACAAGCUGAGUUUUAUUACCGCGCGAAAAACGGGAUACUUUACUGGACAUGUGAGAAAAGGGAGUUACAAUCGUCGAAUCUUCUGAACAAAAUGAAGCUUCCCCGUUUUCUUCAUUGCCUUUUUAUCACUUCGUCUAUGAUUUGGCUGAGCGCUUCGCAGUCAGUAUGUCCUGGCACAGACAACAAACUGAGCACUCUGUCGGACCUGGACCAGCAGUAUCGAACCCUCCGCAAGCUCUACGAGAACUGUGAAGUGGUCAUGGGCAACCUGGAGAUCACCAGCAUCGAGCGCCAACGCAACCUGUCCUUCCUCAAGUCAAUUCGGGAGGUGACGGGCUAUGUGCUGGUGGCACUGAACCAGUUUGACUACCUGCCGUUGGAGAACCUGCGCAUCAUCCGCGGAACCAAACUCUACGAGGGGCGCUACGCGCUCGCCAUCUUCCUCAACUACCGGCGAGAUGGCAACUACGGCCUGAAACAACUGGGACUACAGAACCUUACAGAAAUCCUGAAUGGAGGUGUGUAUGUGGAUCAGAACAGGUUCCUGUGCCACGCCGACAACAUCCACUGGCUAGACAUCAUCAAGGACACUAAAGCAGAAAUUUUGGUUGUGCCCUCCAACAACAGCGGCAACAUUUGUCGGAAAUGUCACAAGUCCUGCACUGGCCGUUGCUGGGGACAUCAGGAGGACCAGUGCCAAACGUUGACCAAGACGGUGUGUGCGGAGCAGUGUGACGGCCGCUGCUUUGGGUCCUUGGUCAGUCAGUGUUGCCACAGGGAGUGCGCUGGAGGCUGCGCUGGACCCAAGGACACCGACUGCUUCGCCUGUACUAACUUUAACGACAGUGGGGCCUGUGUCACUACGUGUCCCCAGCCAUUUGUGUACAACCCCACCUCCUUUCAGCUGGAGCAGAACCCCAAUGCCAAGUACACCUACGGGGCAUUCUGUGUCAAGAAGUGUCCACAUAACUUUGUGGUCGACCAGAGUGCCUGUGUGAGAGCCUGCCCGAGCACCAAGAUGGAGGUUGAAAGGAAUAACAUCAAAAUCUGCAUUCCUUGCACGGACAUAUGUCCCAAAGUGUGUGACGGCAUAGGGACAGGCACUCUGCAGGCCGCUCAGACCGUCGACUCCAGCAACAUCGACAAGUUUGUCAACUGCACCAAGAUCAACGGCAACCUCAUCUUUCUAAUCACUGGUAUUAAAGGGGACAGCUACCAUAAUAUCGAGGCCUUGGAUCCGGAACGCUUGAACGUGUUCCGCACGGUCAAGGAGAUCACAGGCUCUCUAAACAUCCAGUCAUGGCCGGAGAACAUGACUGACCUCAGCGUCUUCUCCCACCUGGCUACCAUCGGAGGCAGAUCCCUUUUCAGUGGCAUCUCUCUACUGAUCCUGAAACAACGUUGGAUCUCGGCACUGCAGUUCCAGUCCCUGAGUGAGAUCAGUGCCGGCAACGUCUACAUCACCAACAACAGCCAGCUGUGUUUCUACAACACGGUCAACUGGACCCGCCUGUUCCGCACUACCACCCAGAAAGCCCUAAUCCGCAGCAACCGAGACCCCAAAGAGUGCACCCAAGAGCGAAUGGUGUGUGAUCCGCUGUGCUCAGACGGAGGCUGCUGGGGCCCGGGGCCUGACCAAUGUCUCACCUGCCGCUACUUCAGCAGAGGACGCACCUGUGUCCGAUCCUGCAACCUCUAUGAUGGUGAGAUGCGAGAGUUUGCCAAUGGCACUAUGUGUCUGGAGUGCGACAGUCAGUGUGAAAAGGCCACCGACAAGACUCUCACUUGCCACGGACCGGGCCCUGAUCAGUGUGUGAAGUGUCUCCAUCUGAAAGACGGGCCCAACUGUGUGGAGAAAUGCCCCGACGGCCUGCAGGGAGCCAACAGCUUCAUCUUCAAAUACGCUGAGACCAACAACGAGUGCCAUCCGUGUCAUUCCAACUGCACUCAGGGGUGCACUGGACCUCGCAUCCAAGACUGUGUGGGGAUGAUUGACAGAACGCCCCUGAUUGCAGCUGGGGUGUCCGGAGAGCUAUUUAAUGCGGUGUUCCAGCGUGGCCCGGUCGUCAAAGGCAAGAGCAUCAAGAGAGCAACGCGCCGCUUCCUGGAGACUGAGCUGGUGGAGCCCCUGACUCCUAGUGGGACAGCUCCUAACCAGGCCCAGCUGCGGAUCCUCAAAGAGACGGAGUUGAAGAAAGUGAAGAUCCUGGGCUCGGGGGCCUUCGGCACGGUCUAUAAGGGCAUCUGGGUGCCCGAGGGAGAGACGGUGAAGAUCCCAGUGGCCCUCAAGGUACUCAACGAGACCACAGGACCUAAAGCCAACGUGGAGUUCAUGGACGAGGCCCUGAUCAUGGCCAGUAUGGAGCACCCUCACCUGGUGCGUCUGCUGGGCGUGUGCCUGAGCCCCACCAUCCAGCUGGUCACGCAGCUCAUGCCGCACGGCUGCCUGCUGGACUACGUUCACGAGCACAAGGACAACAUUGGCUCCCAGCUGCUGCUCAACUGGUGUGUCCAGAUCGCUAAGGGUAUGAUGUAUCUUGAAGAGAGACGACUGGUUCAUAGGGACCUGGCAGCCCGGAAUGUUCUGGUGAAAUCUCCCAACCAUAUCAUGAUAACGGACUUUGGGCUUGCUCGUCUUCUGGAUGCGGAUGAGAAAGAAUACAAUGCUGAUGGAGGAAAGAUGCCUAUUAAGUGGAUGGCUUUGGAGUGUAUCCAUUACCGGAAGUUUACCCACCAGAGUGAUGUGUGGAGCUAUGGAGUGACCAUCUGGGAGCUGAUGACCUUCGGGGGAAAGCCGUACGAUGGCAUCCCGACUCGUGAGAUCCCAGACAUCCUCGAGAAGGGGGAACGUUUGCCACAGCCUCCCAUCUGCACCAUAGACGUCUACAUGGUCAUGGUCAAAUGUUGGAUGAUUGAUGCCGACAGCAGGCCCAAGUUUAAAGAACUGGCCGCUGAGUUUUGCCGAAUGGCUCGGGACCCCCAGCGGUACCUUGUCAUACAGGGAGAUGAUCGGAUGAAGCUGCCCAGCCCCAAUGACAGCAAGUUCUUCCAGAGCCUUCUGGAUGAAGAGGACCUUGAGGAUCUGAUGGAUGCUGAGGAGUACUUGGUCCCCCAUGGGUUCAACAUGCCCUCGUCCACCUGCACGUCCAGGCUCCAUGUGGACUCCAACAGGAAUCAGUUUGUGUACCGCGAAGGCGGCUUCGCCUCGGACGAGGGCUCUGGCGGUCGCCACCACGGUGUGGGCAGUUCCAGCUGCAGCGGCGUCUCUGAGCCCUCCGGCACUCAAGGUGCUCUGGAGAGCCUGGAAGACCAGCGGUGCAACGGAAGCCUCCAGAAACAGCCAACAGCCCGCGUGGUGGAGGACAGCAACGGCCAGCGCUACAGCGCCGACCCCACCAUCUUCCUUGGGGAACGCGGGGCCCGAGGAGACACGGACGAGGAUGGAUACAUGACCCCAAUGAAGGACAAGAGCUCCACAGAGUAUCUGAAUCCCGUGGAGGAGAAUCCCUUUGUCACUCGCCGCAAGAAUGGAGACAUUCAUGCUCUGGACAACCCGGGAUACCACAGCACCCCCAACGGCCAGCCAAAAGGAGAGGAUGAGUACAUCAAUGAGCCGCUGUACCUCAACACCUUCCACAACACCGGAGAGGUCAACCCGGAGAUGCUGAAGAAGAACGGCAUCCCCAUUCCGAUGGCUGUGACCAGCGCGGCGGCGGCCGCAGCAGCAUCGGCAGCGGCCACAACCGUCGCCCACGGACCACAUGCCACCAGUCAGCCGGGCAACCCGCCCCACCAGGCCCCAACUCCGCACGUCCACUUUGUUCUUCCACCAGGUCAUGGCACGGGCCAGUCCGUGGGGCCUCCGCCCCCUCACCCAGCACAAAUACUCCACGGCACGUUUCCUGGCAAGCCCGCUCACCUGGCCCAGGCCGGACACCCGGGCCAGCUGUGCCACGCUUCGGCCGUGGGCAUCGGCACAGGCCACCAUCUGCCGUCCGUCUCUGCGGGUCAGACAGUCAGCCAAGCAGCCCAGGCAGCGGCCCAGGCCGGCAAGCCGAUGGUCAUCGGCCAGAGUGGCCUGCCCGCUCUCACUGCCCACCUUAGGCACCCGGGCGCCAUGCUGCAGGCAGGCCACGCCGGCACCAUCAUGCUGGACAAGAAGUCCAAGAAGACCUUCGACAAUCCAGAGUACUGGCAGCACAGCCUUCCGCCAAAGUCCAGCAGCCAGCAGAACCCGGCGGACCCCACGCAGGUGCCGGGGAACCCCAAAUUCUUCUACAAACAGAACGGGCGCAUCCGACCAGCCGUGGCGGAGAACCCCGAGUACCUUUCCGAGUUUGCCCUCAAGCCGGGCACUGUGUUGCCACCCCCACCGUACCGGCAGCGGAACACUGUGGUCUAGUCCUCAAA